AUGACGAAAACGAAACUCAAGACCACCUCAGCGGAGCUUGUUUCCUCAGGUACCUUCUGCAUCACAGACACUAGCAUCCCAAAGGAAUCACCAGGAAAUGCUUACUACUGCCCAGCGUUUAACGAAGACGGCACGCCCAAUACCUUCAUAGAGUGUUGUAAUAGUGGCCGGAUAGACGCAACGGGACACCACAGACAGUGCUGCGAGGCAGGCGAAUCAGCAGACAAUGAAAAAUGGAAUACAAUGAAAGACACUGGUAUCUACAUUGGCAUAGCAACAGGCUGUCUCCUCAUUUUCAUCUUCGUCUUCACGUACUGCCGCUCAGAUACCUACCCAUGCGUGGGGGCGCUACAACGGAACGCCAUACAUUGGAAAGACACGUGUCUGGAUGCCAUUUGCUUCUGCGACUGUUUCAAGUCAAAGCGCAAGAUCCAGAGAAGGCUCGAGUUGACCAAAAUGAACCAGAUCGAGCCCCUAUGCGACGACCACGAACACCUCGUUGUCCCAAUGGUGGUACUUGAGGAGAAACGGCAGUUUUGGUGGUAGCGGCACGAAACACGUCUAGGUCUUUUCACACGAGACAGGUUUUACUCGCAACUUGGAUAUUAACUAGUCUGGUCCCUUGGAUAAUAGCAAGCACUGAGCCCAGUUUCAUGAGCUGCUAAGCACACAAAUUUGCUCAGCAUGAAUUUUCUUCCUUGAUAAAAACAAGAAUGCCAACCAAAUUU